AUGUUCUGCCCACGACCCCGGAUGGAACAGACGGUGUCAACGAUUCAAGACCACAAGUCUUGCUGCCUCUUUGAAUUUCUUCUUACUGCAACUCUAGACUUCUUUCAACUCUUAUACAACCUCAUUGUUGGGUCUCUCAUCCUUGACUCCAAAGGUUGCCGGGGCCGCAGUCACGACUAUCAUGAAUCCCCAAAAUCUGGCUUGUUUGUUUAUUACCCACGACUUCGGUUUAUAUCGUUGGUCCUUUUGUUUUAUGCUUGGCAUUUUUGUCUCGCGCUGCAUGAUAUAUUCCAUCACUUCCACCUCUCUCUCUCCUCACUUGCGACGCGGAUGGAAAUCGAUUCGUCUUGGGGUCUCUUCUCCCGGUGGCAUCUCUGCAUGUAUCCGGGUGAUAUCGGUACACUGGAUGCAUCUUCUGUCUGA